AUAAGAAUCAAAAGGGAAUGAGCAGGAGCCCUGGCUACACUAACAUGUGUUUCUCAGGCUGCAAUAGGAUCUUACCUUGUCUAGAUAGUUACUUUUUAAAUAAGAAUGCCUGCUGAUGGGCUUGCCAUUCAACUGGUCCCUGGCUUAGUAGACCUAUUGUGACAAGGUCUGUCAUGCAUAGGAUGAAUUGGGUACGCUCCUAGCAGGACAUGUCUCUUCGAGCCAGUGAAGUUUUUCCUUUUGCCGAAAGCAGUUUAAGAGUUUUCUUGGCCUCCUCUCCUGCCUUUCCCCCCUUCCUUGGUGGUGGCUGUGGCAGAGGACCCCAAGAGCAUGGUAAAGGAUCAUCCUUAGCUCAGGCUUCCUUUGCUCAGGGUCUGCCAGUUCAACAGAGGGAGCUGGCCUCAGAGGGAGACCCAGUAGGAGGUGUUUGCUGUUGCUCUGCAACUCCUUCACUACAGCCACUCCAGUCCCUUAGCUGAUGUUAAUAAAGUUCAGUUCCUUGAUUUUACCUUACAACUCACUUGGCUUGUUAUUAGCUGAGGCCCAGGGGGGCUAGCUCCUCCCUAUAUAGGGGGCCGGUCUUUGUUUUAUUGUCCCUGCCUACAGGAGCAAAUUGGGAGGAGGUAGCCCAGAAUACAGGAUGUUAGGACCCUCAUCUGCUGGAAAUGAACGUAUCACAGGUAAGUACCAAUAUUCGUAAUACAUCAAAAAAGUUAUAUUUAUUUGUCUCCCACUCCCCCCCCCCCGGUUCCCAAUUACAGAACUCACAUAUUGGACAUCAGCCUUCCCAUCAAAGGACCCACACAGGGGAGAAGCCAUACAAAUGCAUGGAAUGUGGAAAGAGCUUCAGUCACAGUGGAAGUCUAAACUCACAUCAAAGCACCCACACAGGGGAGAAGCCCUAUAAAUGUAUGGAAUGUGGAAAGAGCUUCAGUAGGAAUGAAAGCUUAAACACACAUCAAAGGACCCACACAGGGGAGAAGCCCUAUAAAUGCAUGGAAUGUGGAAAGAGCUUCAGUCAGAGUGGAAAUCUAAACUCACAUCUAAGGACCCACACAGGAGAGAAGCCAUAUAAAUGCAUGGAAUGUGGACAGAGCUUCAGUCAGAAUGGAGAUCUAAAUUCACAUCAAAGGACCCACACUGGGGAGAAGCCCUAUAAAUGCAUGGAAUGUGGAAAGAGCUUCAAUCAGAGUGGAAGUCUAAACUCCCAUCAAAGAACCCACACAGGAGAGAAGCCAUAUAAAUGCAUGGAGUGUGGACAGAGCUUCAGUAGGAGUGAUAGCCUAAACUCACAUGAAAGGACCCACACGGCAGAGAAGCCAUACAAAUGCAUGGAAUGUGGAAAGAGCUUCAGUGAGAGCAGAAGUCUAAACAGACAUGAAAGGACCCAUAUGGGGGAGAAGCCAUAUAAAUGCAUGGAAUGUGGAAAGAGCCUCAGUCAGAGUGCACAUCUCAAUUCACAUCAAAGGACCCACACGGGGGAGAAGCCCUAUAAAUGCAUGGAAUGUGGAAAGAGUUUCAGUGAGAGUGGACCUCUAAACAGACAUCAUAGGACUCACACAGGGGAGAAGCCAUAUCAAUGCAUGGAAUGUGGAAAGAGCUUCAGUCAGAGUGCACAUCUCAGUUCACAUCAAAGGACCCACACGGGGGAGAAGCCCUAUAAAUGCAUGGAAUGUGGAAAGAGCUUCAAUGAGAGUGGAAGUCGAAACUCACAUUAAAGGACCCACACAGAGGAAAACCCUUUAAAUGCAUAGAAUGUGGAAAGAACUUUAGUCAUAAUGGAAAUCUAUUUCUCUUGCCUAUAAAAUAAGUCAUAUUUUCUUCUUGGCUUUACUUCGCAAACGAAAAUUCAGGAAGGAUUCAUCCAUGCUUUCUACAAGCGCAUUGAUGAUG